CGCGUCCACCGGCCGCUCGUGCAUACACACGUACAUCGGAGAUCCGCCCGGGACCCGCCAUGGCCCUCGCAUCCGCAGCCGUCGCGACCCCGGCCCCGUCGUGGCGCGCCACCAACCGCGUCGGCGAGCGCGUCGGGAUGACUUUUUCGGUCGCGACGCGCUCCCGACCGCGAGCCGCCGCGCGCCGAUCCGUCGCCGCCGCCGCGUCCUCCUUCGAGGUUCCCGCCGAGUACGUCGCCCUCGCCGCGGAUCUCGUGGACGCCGCCGCUCGCAUCACCGUGAAGCACUUUCGCACACCGCUGGAGAUCGACGACAAGAACGACGCGUCGCCGGUGACCAUCGCCGACAAGGGCGCCGAGGCGGCCAUGCGCGCGCUCGUCCGCGAGCGGUUCCCGACGCACGCCAUCUUCGGCGAGGAGGAGGGCAUCGAACUCGGCGAGGGCGGAUCGCAGGAGUGGACCUGGGUCUUCGAUCCCAUCGACGGCACCAAGUCGUUCAUCACGGGUAAGCCGCUGUGGGGCACGCUGGUGGCGCUGCUCCACGACGGCGAACCCGUGCUCGGCGUAUUGGAUCAGCCCGUGCUGAAGGAGCGGUGGGUCGGGGUCAAGGGGCAGCCAUCCACGCUCAACGGCGAGGCCAUCUCGACCCGCGGGUGUAAGUCCCUGGGCGACGCGUACAUGUACUCCACAACCCCGUACAUGUUCGAGGGCGAUAACCUGACGCCGUACAAGGAGGUUGCGAAACACGUCAAGGUUCCGAUGUUCGGCUGCGACUGCUACGCGUACGGUCUGCUCGCGGCGGGUCACUGCGACCUCGUCAUCGAGGCUGACCUGAAGCCGUACGAUUACAUGGCGCUGGUGCCCAUCAUCAAGGGCGCCGGCGGCGUGUUCACGGAUUGGAAGGGGCGGGAGCUGCGGUGGGAGGGGUCGCAGGAGGCACUCGCGGCGGGGAAGUUUCAGGGGGAGGUGAUCGCGGCGGGUGACGCGGAGACGCACGCCGCGGCGAUUAAAAGGAUGGAGAUGGCGCUGGGUGUCUACUUCGUCAAACCCGAAAAGUAAUACUCCCGCGAGUACGCGGUCGUCUUAAUAUCACGAGGGACGCUUGACAUCUCAAGUGUUGGUCCGUCGCCGCGCAGUCUCAGGACGCGGAUCUGAUUUUAGCCCCGUGGCUCUCCCUCACGUCCGUUUUCCAUCCGAAGAGCUCGAUCGCCUCGUCGUCUUCCAGGUAAAACAUCUCAUCGCGGAUCGUGCCCACACCAUCCCCGUCGAGCAUUGAGAACCCGGCCGGAUCAGCGAGGCGCCUGAUGUUUCUCGUCCACGGGUGAACUUCCCCCAGGUGCGACUGGAUGAUAUUCCUGGCCUCGCCGUAGUGACGCCUCUCGCUCUGCAUCAGCUCACCAAUAUCAUCAAGAUGAUCGACUCUGAACACCCCUAGCCAACCCCGAAUCACACCCUCCAUUGCGAUGAGGUGAUCCGCGGGCUCCUCCAUCCGAUCGUGCUCAAUCAACCACGCGCGCACACGCAUUGCCAAGGUCAUGACCGCCGUCACAUUGCUUAGCACCUUACCUAGAUCUUUUUGCACGGUGGCUAUGUCGAGCGCGGCGUCUGCUCCAAACGUUCGCAAGCCAGCGAUCGACAUCUCCAUGGACCACUUAGCCACGGCUAACAGGCCAAACACACCGUUGACAUAGUUGUCAAACGCAUCACUAACCUGAUGGCCGUCCGGCAUAUCAGCAAACAUAGUAGACCUGAGACCUCCCAAUAGGGCGCUGGCGUGGCAGUAUGAUACCUCACCGUACACUGCUAUCGCGGUGUACAUCCUCCGUUUAUCGUCCAUAGCUCGCCAGAUGUCUACGGCUG